AUGAGUACGACAUCCGAUCAAACGAAUAACGUUCAUUCAACAACAUUGAAUGAUACUACUCUGCACGAAGAUGAUUUAACUGAACAAGCCAAAAAUAAUUUUACUUAUCACAGCGAUAUAUUUCGUUCCCUGGAAUCAUGCCGCCAAAGUAUACUUCGUAACGAAUAUAUAACACCUAUUGGUCGAAAUUUUUUUUUAUCCGAGCUUUAUACUUUGCAUACAAUUUGUAAACAAGUGCUGAAUUAUGCAAGUGAACACAAUAAAUUUAUUGAUCAAAAUUUACCUAAUAUUGGUCCUCUAGUAGUUUGUGGUCUUGUACGUACAGGCACAACUUUACUCUAA